AUGAAUCUUGAGAAUAACAAUCGUCAAAAGCGUCGAAUGCCUUCAACAAAUUCAACAAAUCAACGCGAACGUGAUCGAACACAUUCGGUCAAUUCCGCAUUUGUUGAAUUACGACAUCUGAUUCCAACGGAACCAGCCGAUCGAAAAUUAUCCAAAAUCGAAACACUUCGUCUCGCUGUUAGUUACAUCAACCAUCUUCAUUCAGUGCUAACGCUACCUAAUGUUACUCACAAUCAUUGUGCUUUUAUCAAAAUGAGAAAUAAUGAUAAUAAUCAUGGCGAACAUGAAGGUGGUGAUCAACAUUUAUGUACUUUUUGUGUGAAUCAUUCGUCAUUAUCAUCAUAA